GGAUCAGCCUCACUUGCGUUCGUUUUUGACAUCACUGGCUCCAUGUCUGUCGAUCUGGCGCAAGCAAUUGAAGGCGCUGCAAAAAUUUUGGCAACAACGCUUCAGCAGAAAGAUAAACCUCUCCAUAAUUACAUUCUCGUACCUUUUCAGGAUCCAGAGGUCGGUCCUGUGACAAUAACACGCGAUCCAGAAAAAUUUCAGAGCGUUCUGCGCGAACUUUAUGUGCAAGGUGGUGGGGACUGCCCUGAGAUGAGUCUGUCUGGCAUCAAACUCGCCCUAGAGAAAGCACUACCCUUCUCCUUCAUCUACGUUUUCACUGAUGCUUCGGCCAAGGAUUACCAUCUAACUGAUGAAGUUUUGAGUUUGAUUCAAGAAAAACAGAGCCAGGUGGUAUUUAUAUUAACUGGAGAUUGUGGCAAUCGUACGGAGCCAGGCUACGUGGCCUACGAAAGAAUUGCCGCUGCGAGUUCUGGACAAAUUUUCAGACUUGAAAAAGCUGAAGUUAAUUUGGUA